UUGGGGGCUGGACAUGGCCCCCUGUCCCCGGCCUGACUCCUGCCUGGUCGGCAGCCCCCUUGGCCUCCUAUGUUUGUCCCUUUUGCUCGUCCCUGCUGCAGCUGGGACGUACUGCGAGUGCAGCCUCGGCCUCAGCCGCGAGGCCCUCAUUGCCCUGCUUGUGGUGCUGGCAGGCAUAGGCGCCAGUUGCCUCUGCAGCCUGGUCAUCGUGGCAGUCGGUGUCAUGAGAGCCAAGAGUGAGCCAUGCCCCAGACACACGAGCAGCAGGUUGGUGGGGCGCUACGGAGUCCAGGAGGAUCGCAUGGACCUGCACUCCGUGCAAGUGGAGUCCCAUGUCAUGGACCCCGACCUGGACUCCAUGCUGCCGCCCCUGGACGAACAAGGCCUCAUGGCCAUUCCCAUGGACCCGAUGACCCCAAACAUGACUGUGGAGGAGCAGCUCCCUCUCACCCCACCAACCUGAGUAGGGCUGCAGGCAGCCUGGGGGAGGGGAAUUAAACAGU